GCCGGGCUGGUUGGGCUUACCGGGCAGGCUGGUCAUGAGUAGGGCCUGAUUCCAGUUGCUUCACCGUCCUCCUCCCCUCCUUGGCUCCUCCUCCCUUCGACCUUCCUUUCCCCUCGCGCUCCACCACCGCAACCAUGCCCUUCCCCGCCACCGCCGCCGCGUCCAAACCCUAAGCCCCCCGCCGCGACCAAUGGCGUCACUCCUCUCUUCCUCCGACGCCUCCAAAUCGCUCUCCGUCAACACCUCCGCGCUCUUCCUCUCCUCCCUCGCCUCGCUUCCGUCCCCUCACAUCCACACCCACCCCCUCUCCGCCUCCGCGCCGCUCCCGCCCGUCCCCUCCUCCGUGCCCGCCACCGCGCUCAUCCCGGGUUCCCGCUUCCUCGUCGACGCCUUCCGCCACGCUGGCGACUUCUCCGUCGCCUACUUCCUCUCCCACUUCCACUCCGACCACUACGCCGGCCUCGGCCCAUCCUGGCGCCGCGGCCUCAUCUUCUGCUCCGCGCCCACCGCGCGCCUCGUCGCCUCCGUGCUCUCCUUACCGCCGCAGCUCGUCGUCGCCCUCGAGGUCGGGGUCCGUGUCACCGUCGAUGGGUGGGGCGUCACGACUGUCGACGCCAACCACUGCCCCGGAGCCGUCCAGUUCCUGUUCACCUCCCCUGGACCGAACGCUGGGAAGUAUGUCCACACCGGCGACUUCCGAUACAUGGAGUCUAUGACGCGCGAUCCUAAUCUGCUGGAGUUUGUCCAUUCUGACGCGGUGUUUCUGGACACCACGUACUGCAACCCCAAAUUUACAUUUCCUCCCCAAGAUAAGUCUGUGGAUUAUGUUGUGAAUGCGAUCAAGCGAGUGAAGGAGGAGAGCGGAGCGGCUGGAGAGCGUGUGCUGUGUCUGAUCGCGACCUAUGUUGUGGGCAAAGAGAGGAUUUUGCUGGAAGUUGCACAGCGCUGUGGGUGCUUGAUCCAUGUAGAUAGUAGGAAAAUGGAGAUUUUGACAGUGUUGGGGUUUGGUGGGGAUAAGGGAGUUUUUACCGAGGAUGCUGCAGCGACAGAUGUUCAUGUCAUUGGGUGGAAUGUCUUAGGGGAGACUUGGCCCUAUUUUCGUCCGAAUUUUGUGAAGAUGAAGGAGAUCAUGUCGGGGAGAGGGUACAAGAAAGCUGUCGGGUUUGUACCGACCGGGUGGAUGUAUGAGGCCAAGAAGGAAGGAUUUGCUGUUAGGGUGAAAGAUUUACUCGAAAUCCAUCUUGUUCCUUAUAGUGAGCACUCAAGCUAUGACGAGUUGCGGGAAUACGUUAAGUUCUUACACCCAAAACGGGUGAUCCCAACUAUGGGAGUGAACAGUGGGAAGCUCGAUAGUAAGGAAGUGAUUGCUCUACAGAAGCAUUUUGCUGGGUUGGUGGAUGAGACAGCAAACAAACAUGAUUUCUUGAUGGCAUCCCAUCGUAGGUCAACAGAUGCUACUCAUGGCUGUGAAGAUGUGGUUGCUAAAUGCUUGAGCAAGCAUGAAGGGGAGGAUGUUGCUUUGUUACCAGCAAUCAGUUCUGCUUCUGAACAGUCAGAUCGUUUGAGGGAGAAUAUUACAGAGGAAAUGAAGAAAGAACUAUCAGAUUUCCUACCCUCAUGGGUCAGCAAGGAACAGAUCAUGGACCUUCUGAUGAGCUCUGGUGGUGAUGUUGUUAAAGCAGCAUCUGAUUUUUUUGAGAGGGAAAGAGAUUUCUUUGAAGAAGCAAACAUAUCUUGUAGUGAAACGCCCAAGUCAGAGAAAAACCGUACUUCUGAUAAUGGGUGUUCCGCUGAUGCAAUUAGUCAGCAAGAAGGUCCUUCAUUUUCACAGAAGCCCAUGGAACACUCUACAAAACUAGUAAAUUUGACUCCUAUGAGAAUGAGCUCGAAUAUUUCCAAAAAGGAAAGGAAGAGGGGUUCGAGCAAUGCAAACAAGCCAAAAAAGAAAGGACGAUUAACUUCCUCAACAAGAUCUGGUGGGCGUAAGCAGUCCACAAUCACAAACUAUUUUGUUAGAGCUACAACAGCUGCUGCUGAAAGUGAUACAGCUGAUAAAGCACCUGUGGUGGCACAUCAAAACAAUGGGGAAAAUGACGAUCAGAUAACUGAUAUCUCAAAAACACACGAUCAGAGUGUAGACCAGCUUCUUCAGAUUGUAAAUGGUGUCAUGUCCAGAGAAUAUGCAGUUUCUUUGCUUGAGAAGUCAAAAGGAGAUGUGGCUGUAGCAGUUGAUAUAUUUUACAGCAAAAGUGAAAACAGCGAUGUAAUUGACAUUGAAAAGAAUAAUGUGCUGCAGAAUACACAAAAUGAAAUGAUAGAUAGAUGUAGUAACACAGACAUGGCUCGCAACUCUUCUCAGGCUCCUCCAAAGAUGCCAAACAUAUAUGUACAAACUUCUUUAGCACAAGCAGAUUCUGUCAAUAUAUCAUUGCCAGUCGAAAAGUAUCUACCUGUCGAGCAUGCUUGCUGGACAGCAGGGCAGCCUGCACCGUACCUGCAUUUGGCUCGCACUUUUGAUCUGGUCGAAAGAGAAAAAGGAAAGAUCAAAACUACUGCAAUACUUUGCAACAUGUUCAGGAGUUUGCUUGCCUUAUCACCUGAUGAUGUGCUGCCUGCUGUUUAUCUGUGCACUAAUAAAAUUUCUCCUGACCAUGAAAAUAUGGAACUAAACAUUGGUGGGAGCCUAGUUGUAACUGCUCUGGAGGAAUCAUCAGGAACCAGCAGAUCUAAAAUACAUGAGAUGUACAAAACUUAUGGUGAUCUUGGUACUGUUGCUCAAGAAUGCCGUCAAAAUCAAACAUUACUUGCUCCUCCCUGUCCACUCUCGAUUCGCGAUGUAUAUUCCACACUUCGAAAGCUAAGUUUAAUAUCAGGUAGUGGGAGUGCUGGAAGGAGAAAAAUUCUUGUCUUGCAUCUUAUUCGUUCUUGCAGAGAAAUGGAAAUGAAAUUCCUUGUCAGAACACUGGUCCGUAACUUGCGUAUUGGGGCCAUGAUGAAGAAGAUUUUACCGGCGCUUGCACAUGCUGUUGUUUUUGAUAGAAAAUGUGCAAUAGGUCCUGUGGUAUCCUUGGAAGGCAUAAAACCACAACUACAGAAUUUGUUACCUCCAGAACCAACAUGGUGUCUCCACUCUCCAUCUUACCAUUUUUUUACACAUAUUGUUCUGAACCAAAAUGGUAUCUUCCGUUUUGGGCAGAGUCUUUCAACUGAAGUUGAUGAGGCAUACAAUGUCAUCCCUAAUCUGGACUUGCUCAUUCCUUCUCUUCUGAGAGAAGGUCCUGCAUUUUCAGCUUCAUCCUUGGUGAUGGUCCCAGGCACACCUAUCCCCCCUAUGCUUGCAAGAAUCACUAAUGGGCUGACUCAAUCACUGAAAUUGUUUCAUGGGAGAGCAUUUACUUGUGAGUACAAGUAUGAUGGUCAACGUGCCCAGAUUCACAGAUCAAUUGAUGGAUCUGUGCGAAUAUUUUCAAGGCAAAUGAAAGAAUCUACUGCCAGAUUUCCCGAUCUAGUGAACAUGAUUAAAGAGCUGUGCAGCCCUGAAGUGUCCAGCUUUAUACUGGAUGCUGAGGUUGUGGGAAUCAACAGGAAGAAUGGAAACAAGCUUAUGUCAUUCCAAGAGCUAUCUUCAAGAGAAAGAGGGAACAAGCACUCCUCGAUUGCAAUUGAGAACAUAAAGGUUGACAUUUGCGUGUUUGUUUUUGACAUCAUGUUCUGCAAUGGGCAGAGGCUACUGGAUUUGUCUCUUCGGCAAAGAAGAAAGUACAUCCAUGACUUGUUCCAGGAGAAACGAGGAUAUUUUGAGUUAGCUCAGCAGCUAACUAUAGAAGCCAAUGAAGCUUCUGCAGAUAAUUCUAGCACUUUGGAUAGAAUGAACACCUUUUUCAAAAAGGCAUGCCAGUCUUCUUGUGAGGGUAUAAUGUUGAAGACUUUGGAUGUUGAUGCUGGAUACUCUGCUUCCAAGCGCUGCGAUUCAUGGUUAAAGGUCAAGCGUGACUAUGUGGAAGACUUCGGUGAUAGCCUUGACUUAGUUCCAAUCGGUGCAUGGUAUGGAAAUGGUCGGAAAGCUGGAUGGUACAGCCCUUUUCUUAUGGCAUGCUACAACCCUGAAUCUGAAGAGUUCCAAAGUGUCUGCCGUGUUAUGUCUGGUUUCACAGAUGAGUUCUAUAAAGAGAUGAAGGCGUUUUAUUCCGGCGAAAGGAUACUGCCCAAGAAACCUGUUUACUACAAUACAGAUGAGCAACCAGAGCUGUGGUUCACCGCCGAACAAGUUUGGGAGAUCCGAGGUGCAGACCUGACAUUAUCCCCUGUUCACCAUGCGGCUAUUGGCCUUGUCCAUCCAUCACGUGGCAUCUCGGUGAGGAUGCCGAGGUACAUGCGCCCAGUUCCAGAUCGGGACCCAGAGGACUGCAGCUCGGCCGCUGAUAUUGCUAGUAUGUUCAAAGCUCAGACCCGGAAGAUGGAGGUCAGCAGCGAGGGCCAGGAGUAGGAAUGCAAGCGGAUCGACCACCGUCUCAUCCUAGCUUUUCUGUAUAUAAAAUGACCUCGGAACUGAACCACACCAGUCAGAUGAGUAGAACAGAGGCCACCAUUUUGUGCGUGCACAGAAACAGAACAGUAGGAAGCAAGCGGCCUCUUUUUUUUCAUCGUUUGUAUCGUCAUCGUUUGUAAAUACUAGGUAGCAGCUUAUCACAACAGCGAUCACCAGUCUCGUGAAGAUUCACGUAUUCCAAUUUAUUUUAAAUCUGUCUGUUUUUGUGUA